GCAAUGGGCACGCCAAGGUGGUGCGCUUGCUGUUAGAACACUACCGUGUGCAGACCCAGCAGACUGGCACCGUCCGCUUCGACGGGUAUGUCAUUGAUGGUGCCACUGCUCUUUGGUGUGCUGCAGGAGCUGGACAUUUUGAAGUUGUUAAACUUCUUGUCAGCCAUGGAGCCAACGUGAACCACACCACAGUCACUAACUCAACCCCACUUCGGGCAGCAUGCUUUGAUGGCAGACUGGACAUAGUGAAAUAUUUGGUCGAAAAUAAUGCCAAUAUCAGCAUUGCCAACAAGUAUGACAACACCUGCCUAAUGAUCGCAGCAUAUAAGGGGCACACUGAUGUGGUCAGAUACCUUUUAGAACAGCGUGCUGAUCCCAAUGCUAAAGCACACUGUGGAGCCACAGCAUUGCACUUUGCAGCUGAAGCUGGUCACAUUGACAUUGUGAAAGAGCUGAUAAAAUGGCGAGCUGCAAUAGUGGUGAAUGGCCAUGGGAUGACACCGUUGAAGGUAGCUGCCGAAAGCUGUAAAGCUGAUGUUGUUGAACUGUUGCUCUCUCAUGCUGAUUGUGACCGCAGAAGUCGGAUUGAAGCCUUGGAGCUUUUGGGUGCCUCCUUUGCAAAUGACCGUGAGAACUAUGACAUCAUGAAGACAUACCACUAUUUAUAUUUAGCCAUGUUGGAGAGGUUUCAAGAUGGUGACAACAUUCUUGAAAAAGAGGUUCUCCCACCCAUCCACGCUUAUGGGAACAGAACUGAGUGUAGGAACCCCCAGGAACUGGAGUCCAUUCGGCAAGACAGAGAUGCUCUUCACAUGGAGGGCCUGAUAGUGAGGGAGCGGAUUUUAGGUGCUGACAACAUUGACGUUUCCCACCCUAUCAUUUACAGAGGGGCUGUCUAUGCUGACAACAUGGAGUUCGAGCAGUGCAUCAAGUUGUGGCUUCACGCUCUACACCUCAGGCAGAAAGGUAAUAGGAACACCCACAAGGAUCUGCUUCGAUUUGCUCAAGUCUUCUCACAGAUGAUACACCUCAAUGAAGCUGUGAAGGCCCCAGACAUAGAAUGUGUUCUGAGAUGCAGUGUUUUGGAAAUAGAGCAGAGCAUGAACAGAGUUAAAAAUAUCUCCGAUGCUGAUGUCCACAGUGCCAUGGACAACUACGAGUGUAACCUCUAUACUUUUCUGUACCUGGUGUGCAUCUCCACCAAGACACAGUGUAGUGAAGAAGACCAGUGCAGAAUUAACAAGCAGAUCUACAACCUGAUUCACCUGGACCCCAGAACACGGGAAGGUUUCACCUUGCUACACCUGGCUGUCAACUCAAACACACCAGUUGAUGAUUUCCACACCAAUGACGUCUGCAGCUUUCCCAACGCACUGGUCACGAAGCUCCUUCUGGACUGUGGUGCUGAGGUGAAUGCCGUGGACAAUGAAGGGAACAGUGCCCUCCACAUCAUCGUCCAGUACAACAGGCCCAUCAGUGACUUUCUGACCUUGCACUCCAUCAUCAUCAGCCUUGUGGAGGCCGGCGCUCACACUGACAUGACAAACAAGCAGAAUAAGACUCCACUAGACAAAAGUACGACUGGGGUGUCUGAAAUACUACUUAAAACUCAGAUGAAGAUGAGCCUCAAGUGCCUGGCUGCCCGAGCAGUUCGGGCUAAUGACAUUAACUACCAAGACCAGAUCCCCCGGACUCUGGAAGAGUUUGUUGGAUUUCAUUAAGUGACUGGAUGUGUAAAAUCGUUUAAUGUGGUGCUAAAAAGUAAAGGACUUUAAUCACAGACAAUAGAAGUAUGUGUUCAUAAAUUGUCCUUUUCUUUCCACUACCCUUUCAGCCUAUCCGUCCUUGGUUCCGUUUGGCUCUUGUCUCAUGUAUUGAUUUCAGCACACUAAACAGAAGCAGCACUGUUGAGGUGUAACUGGAAGGUGUUUGGACAUUUCUUUGUUUCUUUUUCUUUUUUUUUAAGGAAUGAAUGUAAGAUAUUUUGUGUAAUAGGGGGCAUUUGUGAUUUAAAAUUGAUGUUUUAAACAGCUGCCUACAAAAGUAUUUCUGUUAAGCUGGUGUCAGCAUGUCAUCUGUGCAGCAGUUUUGAGGAUUUCAUGAAGAAAAUGAACUAAAAAGGAACACUGAGAGCAAUGGGAGAUGCUCGUGCUCUGCGUGGAUGGUUCUCACUCUCACUGUGCGUGCAGAGUGAUACAGCACAUUUUAUACCAGGAGGACUUGAAACACGUAGCUACUGAUUAAUAAUCUGGAAAUUAUGUGCAGUUAUUGUUGGAAAGUUGAAUUCAUGAAAAUAAUUGCAUUAUUCUGGGUAGUGUCUUCUAACUGGCAAUCUUAGCUCAACCUUGUGGACAUUGCUAGACUCUAUCCUUAGGCUUGAGUUCUUCUGGUCUCUGUUUUAAUGAUGGAUCUAAAUUGCAGUCAUGCAUUUGAUUUUUGGCUCACAGACCUAAAUAAGCUGUAUUAUGAAACAUUGUCAUAGUAUAGCUAGAUAUUCUACUUUUUCCCUUUUUAGCCCUUUCCUCUUGUUUUGUAUCUUUAAAAUUUGGAAACUGCCUUUCCAGAGGGCAUUUAUUUCUGUAUCCCUGUUAGGUGUAAGAUGAACAAAGACACACUUCUGUCGUUUUUUACUUAGUCCAUUGUGAGAUGUAGGAAAACCAGGAGUUAGGGUAUAGGAAAUGAAGUAUUCGAUGAGGAAAAUGAUUCUCAAUGCCACAUGGAAGGUAUGUCUCAGAGCUGCAGACUUUUCUACCACAGAAUGUGGUACUGAGGUCUUCGUUUUUUGCUUUCUUGUAUCAGCAACAUUUCAAUUCUCGAGUAUUCUGUGAUUUUUCUCUUAAGCAUCACAGAAAUUCAAGUUAAGGAACACUUGCUUCUACUGAUGCUGGGAAUGAUAAUGAAAGUAAAACUAGUUGUUCCUGUAAUUUUUCUCUAGUGCCAAAUGAAUGCCCGAGCUACCCCUAGUGCAUGGUACCAUAAGUGGAGACCCGCAGCUUCUUGUUUUCCUUUAGUGAAAAGCAUUGCCAUGAUGCAACAUCAGAUAUAAACUUUAAACAACCUGUAAGAUUUCACAAACAUUUUACCUGUGGAUAUUGCUUUUUAAAAUAUAUGAGGAAGGUUGCAGUUGGAGCAGUAUAAAAAACUACAAGCCAAAAUCAGCACCUAGGGCCUUAACAGAGAUAUACCACAAAAUGAAAUACCUGGGAGGCUGAAGAGACUUGAAAAACUUCCUGCUCCAAGGGUGUGAGACACAGUUGCUGUAGUUGUGCUUUGUAUGUGUUCUUGCUUCAGUUAGGAAUGUUUAAUGGUGAAUUCUUUCAUGGUAAUAUAUUUCUAUUUUCCUAACUUGAGAGUUUACAAGGAAUGAUGGUUUAAAGGGAGGUGUUGGAAUGACCCCAAUUUGGGAACUUCUGACCUUAACCCUCCUGACAUGACUCAAUCACUCAUGUCUCACCUUGCUCUGGCAGCUCUCAGUGGCCUAGAAGAGAUGACCCACUGCACAGGUGAGUCAGUCCUGCCUCUGCCCAGGUUCAGGUCAGGUUUUUCCUUUUUGGACUCUAAGGCCCAAUAUGGACAGUGAGGAAUAGCUGUGACACUUAGUAUUCAGUUGGUUCCGUUUUUUAAUAUGUGUGGUUUUUAAGCACCUAAACUUAAAAUAUCAGAUAAUGUUGCAUGUUUUAAAAACAUUUUUCCCCUUCGUUACCCAGGACCAACACUGUUCUAGACAUUAUUUAUAUAUGAGGAUAAUGAUAAUAUGUGCAUAUUCAGAGAUAGAAUUUGAGGACAGCUUUGAAGGGGGGAAGACAGUGCUGAUGAAGGUUGAGCAAACUGAACUAUGCUGGUAGUAAACUGGCUAGAUUUAUUUAAAUUGUAGUUGCACAUUGUGCACUCUAGCUGAGAGUCUAAUUCUGUGUCUAACGUCACUCCAGAUUUGCAUUGGGGAACACCUGUAUAAAGCCAUUAUUGGAAGAAGUGAUCUUCAUGCCUGGUUUUUCCAUUAUUUUGUUUUUGGUAGAAUUCUUUAAAAAUAAGCUCAGCCAAAUGUUCCAUAAACCUCUGUUUUUAAAGAAAAAUGAAUAGGUGUGGAAGGUGGUAGCUUUAUAGCUAGCUCACUGGGCUGUCUCCUGCAGCCAUGUCUGUCAUUUGAUGUUUGUUAUUGGUAGAAUUAUGCUUUGAAUUGUAACUCUUCCUUGGCAGUGUUAGUGAUUUCCCAGAACACUUUGUCGUGUAAGUUGUCACAUAAAUUUGGUUGAGCCAGGAGUGCAGAAGGGUGCUUUCCACUUUUUAUGUAGUUAGGAAUUGAACACUUGGUGUCAGUGACUAACUCCAGUCUGGGCAGCAAACCCAUCCCCUUACUUGCUGAAGAAGGGGCAACUGACUCUGACACCAUGGCUUUUUACAGUUCAUCCUGAUUGCUCUCAUAGCCAAAGGUUCUCCACUGUGGGAACUUUAAACAUGCAAACCCAAAAGCGGCCAGCCCAUCUGCCAAGCUUUGGUUUUGCUAGUUUCUGAGAAGGGUUUUGAUCUCAUUAUACUAAUAGUUGAUAAAUGGUGAUUGUGAGGACUUAAGCAUGGCAGCAUUGUUUGACUGACAUAAACUAUAAUUUGGGAGCAAUGCCUCCCUAAAGGCAACACUGUAUUAGACAAUUGUUUCUGAAAAUUCAAGUUCCAGAGAGCAGUUCUGUGUUAACAGCAUUUUUCUUAGUUGAGGGAACUCCUUGAAAUCAGGCUGCUUUGUAUAAUUCAAGCUGAAGAGCUUCCUUCUUGGAAUAGGGCAGUCAGAGCAGAGUUGUCUGUCCUUUGCUGGUUGAGAAGUGGCCAGUGGCUGGACUCUGAGUAGGUGGAUGAAAACGUCUGUGCUUGAUUAUGACAGUUACAAAAAUCCGAAGUGUUCUUUAUCAGCUAUCUGGAUGCCAGUGCUCUCAGUAGUGCACCCUUCUCACUGACAAGACUUCCUGCAACAGUAAUAGGGAGGAGUAAAACCUUCAACUCUGCCUUUUGCUCUCUGAUUUCAGUCCAGAUUCUAAGCUGUGCCCACUCCCACUUUGAAAGUACACAGCUCCUUUCUGGAUAUCAUCUGACAGCCCCUCACUAUGUACAUACACAUAGGGGCUUCCUUAGACGUUUCCGGUAGACCUGCCCAAACUUUGAGAUGGGACAGGACAUACAACAUCCCUUUCUCAACCCUGGGAUCUGGAACAAAUCCUCCAGUGACUGUGCUGAUACAUUGACUUUUACAGAUGUAAAGUAAAUGUGGUCUCUAGUCCUAGGCCUGUGGAGUGUACCUUUGUGUUAGUGUAUUGGGAAGGAGCAGUGACUUGAUGGUUCUGGGGACUAUAUCUUUGAUGUGUGCAGGGGUGACUACUGUUAAAUUACUGUCAGCUUUCCUUUAGAGGUGAAUCAUGGGAUGAAUGGCCUCAUCAGAAAAAUGAAGGCAUGAGGAUAUAAGCCUGCAAGGUGAGGAAACAGACAGGUUUUGUAUCCCUUUCUUAUUGGGUGUUGUAAAAUGUGUGCAUGGCUUUUUGUUGUUGUUGCUCAGUAAUUGGUAGAGGAGAAAAGAUGAAGGGACCCUCCCUGUCAGCUUUUCUAACCAGUCUUUUCAGAGGUACAUAGCUGGGGAGUAAAAUCUGGCCUUAACCUAUUGGCAAGACCCUGUCCUUUGUAAUGUUCACCGCUGUCCUCGGUGCCAGGAGCUAGGUAGUUGUAGUCUAGUAGUAAUUCACCAUGGUUUAUUACAAGCCAGUGAUGUCAUUCUAUCGUGCACUCUUGUCAAGCCAUUUAUGUGACUUUAAUAAGCAUAGUAACCUUGCUGACUGCACCCGAGGUCUAUCAGUGAUUUAUAUAUUGCAUGAUGUCUUCUGUUUGAGUUUGACAUGUAGAAUCACUUUUGAUUUCAUGGCAAUUGACAGUCCUAAUGGCUCAGCUAAUUUGAAACUAACAACUUUGCUGUGUAAAAGGAAAAAUGGUGUUGUGUUCAGUAAAUGUUUGAAAAAAAGUA